UUUCUAAAAAGAUUCUGUCCUCCACCUGAGAAUUUAAACACCUGAUGUAGGGUUACGUGUCGGGUUGGAGGUUAACUGAGUUAUAUAUAGACAGACAAAAUCACAGCACAGAUAAGGUUGGAACGUGGGUGAAGGGAUCUGUCAGUGUCAUGUGUAAAUUACACGAAUAGGUACUUCUGUCAAACUAUGUAACGCAAUCACAGUUAUGUCAGAAAUGCCAUAAAUGGUCCAUCGUGGAGUUUAAAAGGGGAAGUUGAUGGCAUGUUAAAGGCGGCCCCAUUGUCUGCAGCAUCAGUCCAGCGUGGCUUGUUGUAUCUGUCGUCCCAACAACAGCGUCAACGUCAUGACCCGUCUGCUGCUCGGCGCCGUGCUGCUGUGGAAACUGGGUGUCUCUGUCACAGCUCAAGGUCCACUGAUCCUCGCUCCAGCCACCCAGGUGAGGUUUGACUCCGUGGACUAUAAAAACAUGGUGCACUGGACUCCACCCACCAACAGCAGCUCUCUGAAGUACUAUGUCCAGUGGAAAAUCUAUGGCGAGACUCAGUGGUUGGACGUAGACAGCUGCCAGGGGAUCCAGAAGCACCACUGUGAUCUUAGCGAUGUGACCUCUGACCCCAGAGAAUGGUACUACGCCAGAGUGCACGCCGUCUCCCUGCCCUCCAGAAAAUCAGCCUGGGCCCUGUCCCCAAGGUUCAGCCCACGCUGGGACACCAAAAUCAGCUCUCCUGUGUUGAGGGUGAAUGUCACAAAGCAAGGGAUUAUGGUCCGUGUGAAGCCCCCCAGGCUGGCUGUCCGGAAGAUGCACAACAGUCUGCUGUACAAGAUCUACCUCAUACAUACCAACGGAAAGGAGGAGGUGUUUGAGAUGGAAUGCUGCUCGAACGAACUAACUCUGAACGAGCUGAAGCACAAGACGAAAUGCUGCCUCCAAGCCCAGACCAUCAUCCCCCUCCAGGCCAAGAGCAGCGCUCGUAGCUCUGUGAAAUGUUUCACUACACUGUGAUCACACAGUUCAGCUUGAAUUAGCCAUUGCUACCUCGACUGCUGCAGCCACAAAUAUCCGUGCCAAUGAAAGUGAUGCACUUUAUUCCCAAAAGCAUUAAGGAUCUGACAUUUUGAAUUGUGUAGGUAAACUGUGUAACUUUCAGUACAGUGUACAGUACUUAGUAUGUACUCGGUAUGAUUUUAGCCUCCAGGACACAUCGUUUCACUCAAGAGCUUUAUCAUUAUUUUUUUUUAAUACAUUUUGUUGGUGAAAAUUAAUAAGAAAUAGUAGUUUGACAAAAUAAACUUAACUCAAGGUCUCCUUUGCAGCUUUUUCCCCUCAAUGAAUCACUGAUCAAACUGCAUUGGCUGAUGAUGAUGUGAGAUGUGGUUCAAAGCUCCAGAAAAAGCCAGUGAAUGGACCUUGAGUUAAGAUAAUUUUGUAUCUAUCAUUUUUUAUUUAGAUUUUCACUUUAGACACACUACAAGCACAGUGAAUAGAGCCAUUGAUGUAAAAUUAUUCUUCCAACUGACUCCAGUAACCAGAAAUCAUACAGCAAGACUGAAACACCUACUUCAGUUUUCUCCCACGCUAUUUAGCAAUUUCAUGUUGUUGUUGUCUUAACAUUUCCUCCUACAUCGGAGUUUCAGGGAUGGGAAAGAUGAAGUUUGCAAAAGUUAACACUUUGACCACAAUUUCUACUUGUUUUUCCCUCAAGUGCAGACACAAUAUGUAAAAUAUCAGUGGAGCUUUUGUGAAGCACAAAGUUUACUCUUCAACACUAUUCAGAUGCAACACUUUGAGAAUAUAUCCUGUAUUUGUUGUGUAUGUGUUAUGUUACAAAUAAAAGCCACAGACAAUGUUUACACU